GUGUCUGACUUGGAGGGGCAAUAGCAACAGAAAAAAAGUAGGGGGCUUACCUACUUGGGACAGUCUUUCAAGGCAAGAAAGUCUCAUAUGUCCUGAUCCCUCCUUUCUUGACCUUGAGAUUGGAAGGUCAUUUCGAUUGCUCUUUUAGCCGCUAGGCUUGGUCACCAUCCUGUCACCAUGCCUUACGAAAUUCUUGUUGGACAGCCAUGCUUUGCGGCGUGGCAGUCCCAGAAGCUGCUGGAUGGCAUUGCGAAGGUAAGCCAAGCUAAAGUGAAGAGUAUCACGGGAUCUUGGCUAUACUACAUCCACCUCAGCAACGCAACCGAUAUCAGCGAGAUAAAAGCCUUUCUCGGAAUCACAGACUUAGAUGAAGCUCCCCAAGGCGUUGUCGGGGCUCAGGAUGUCUACAUCACACCCCGAACCAUGUCACCUUGGAGCUCACAGGCCACUGCAAUUGCCCAGGUCUGCGGACUACGAAAUGUUGCCCGUGUAGAAAGGGGUCGUCUGGUGAAAAUUGAGUUUAACAGCGAUUCCGAAGACAAGGAGUUCUCGUCCUUCAUAGAUGUGUUAUACGACCGGAUGACGGAGACGUAUAGCGCAACCCAACCGCAUCCAGAAAACACGGUAUUCGCAGAGGGCACCCGUGGGCCCCUCGUUGUUGUGGACAUUUUCGCCGAUUCCCGGGGCCCUAUUGCCGCUCUUACGGAAUACAGCAAGGAAAAUGGCUUGGGCCUCGAUGACAGCGAAAUCCAAUAUUUGAUUGAAGUAUUCCAAGACCUUGGACGCCCGCCCAACGAUAUUGAACUGUUCAUGUUUGGUCAAGUAAACUCUGAACACUGUCGCCACAAAGUGUUCAAUGCCAAUUGGACUAUUGAUGAUAAGCGUAAAGUCGGGAGUCUUUUUGAGAUGAUCAAGAACACACAUAAGAGAACCCCCGAAUUCACUGUAUCAGCUUACAGUGACAACGCUGCUGUCCUUCAAGGAGAGCCUGCCGCUUUCUGGGCUCCGGAUUACCAGACUGGCACCUGGAAGCUCACCAAAGAAGUGUUACAUAUGCUUGCUAAGGUUGAGACGCACAACCAUCCUACCGCUAUAUCGCCCUUCCCUGGAGCAGCAACUGGGUCUGGAGGCGAGAUUCGCGAUGAAGCGGCUGUAGGUAGAGGAUCAAGGACAAAGGCGGGUCUUUCGGGAUUCUUCGUUUCUGACCUCCGAAUCCCGGGGCAUGAACAACCGUGGGAAGCAGAUGUUGGCAAGCCAUACCACUUCGCAAGCAGUCUUGACAUCAUGCUUGAGGCCCCUAUCGGCUCUGCGCGGUAUAACAAUGAAUUUGGCCGACCGGCUCUGGCCGGAGUGUUCCGCACUCUCCUGACAAACGUUGAUGAUGACUGGAGAGGUUACCAUAAGCCUAUCAUGCUGGCUGGUGGUCUCGGUCAAGUUCGACCACAACAUGCUCUGAAAAGUCCAGACGACGUCCACGAAGGAGCCCAUGUCAUUGUUCUUGGUGGCCCUGCCAUGCUCAUUGGCCUUGGUGGUGGUGCCGCAUCAAGCAGUAACUCAAGCGAAGCCACAGCUGAAUUAGACUUUAACAGUGUUCAACGUGGGAACCCAGAAGUUGAACGACGAGUUCAGAUGGUUGUUGAUACUUGCGUUGCUCUGGGCGAAGAAAAUCCCAUUGCCAUGAUUCACGAUGUAGGCGCAGGUGGGCUGUCCAAUGCGCUGCCAGAGUUAGUCAAAGAUGCGCUAGGCGGGGGCAAAUUUGAACUGCGUCAAGUUGCCAGUGCUGAUGACAGCAUGAGUCCACUCCAAAUAUGGUGCUGUGAAGCCCAGGAACGCUACGUGCUGCUGAUCAAUAAAGACCGUAUCAACCGUUUUAUCAGUAUCUGUAAGCGAGAGCGAUGUGGUUUCUCCAAUGUGGGCACACUCACUACUAAAGAUGGAAGUGGAAGUGCUCGAUUGAUUCUCCAGGAUCGCGAGACUCCAGCUCAGCCAUUACCUAUUGAUCUUCCGAUGGACGCUCUUUUCCCUCCAGGCCGGAAACAGGAGCGUGUUGACAAAACUGCUAAUAGAAAUCUGAAACCCUUCGAUUCGGCAUCUAGUCUCAAAGAGAAACACGGCGCCUCAAAUCUAUCAGAAAUGAUCACACAGGCUACCCGUCUUGUCUUCUCUUUACCGGCAGUGGGCUCCAAGAUGUUCCUCAUCACUAUUGGAGACCGAAGCGUUGGCGGCCAAGUUGUGCGGGAUCAACUGGUCGGACCAUGGCAAGUACCCGUAGCAGAUGUUGCUGUCACCUUGACUUCCUUCGGUGUUGAUGAACAGCCCCGAAUUGGAGAGGCUAUGGCAAUGGGUGAAAAGGCGUCCUUGGCACUUAUUUCCCCGGCAGCUUCUGCGCGUAUGGCAGUCGUGGAGAGCUUACUCAACCUGGGCGCGGCUCACAUAAAGAAUGAUCCCAAGGUCCGAGGCGACUUGCGCCGUGUAAAGCUCUCGGCGAAUUGGAUGGCCGCUGUCAAUCAUCCUGGCGAAGGUGCUGCUCUAUGUGAAGCAGUUCAUGCUAUUGGUAUGGAUCUCUGCCCCAAACUGGGUGUGGCCAUUCCCGUUGGCAAAGAUUCCACAUCAAUGAAGGCUUCGUGGAAAGAUAAAGAGACGCGCGAGUCAAAGAGUGUCACUGCUCCGGUGACUGUUGCGAUAUCUGCCUUCUCCCUAGUUGAAGAUGUUCGGAAUACUUGGACACCACAGCUUCGACGCGUAGAAGAUGUCGGCGAGUCUAUUCUCAUAUUUGUUGAUCUUGCUCAGGGAUUCAAAGCUAUGGGCGGAUCAGCUCUCGCCCAGAGUCUUGGUCAACUUGGUAACGAGGCGCCAGAUGUUCGUGACAUAGAUCUUAUCACAGAUUAUUUCGAUGCUUUAUCUCAACUUCACGAAGAAGGCAUUGUCCUUGCGUACCACGACCGAUCAGAUGGCGGCCUCUUGACUACAGUCGCUGAGAUGCUAUUUGCUGGUCGAUCUGCGGCGGAUAUCUACAUUGAUGAAUUGGUUCCCUCAGACUCUGAUUCAAACGUCAUGGACGCACUAUUCAACGAGGAACUUGGAGCUGUAUUCCAAAUACGGAAAUCAGACGAAACUCGAUUUAGACGCUGCUUUGCAACUUGUGGACCUCCUCCUGGACUACUCAAAAAGAUUGGGUACACACGAUCAACGACGAAACAGUCGCUUACAAUUCGGUACAAAGGCAAGCCGCUCGUCGAACUUUACAGAGCUGAAAUGCAGCAGUGGUGGUCAGCAACUUCGUUCCAAAUGCAGAAGGCACGAGACAACCCUGAGUGUGCUGAACAAGAGUAUGCUGCGAUCUUAGAUGAUAAAGAUCCGGGUAUCUCGUUUAACCUUCGAUUCGAUCCUUCUGACGAUGGCCGCUCAGUCUUCUCAAGCCUGAAAGGUUUGGUCGCCGCAAGACCGCGUGUCGCUAUCCUCCGAGAGCAAGGUGUGAAUGGCUAUGCAGAAAUGGCCUUUGCAUUCCGUGCCGCAGGGUUUGACGCAAUUGACGUUAUGAUGACUGAUAUAAUUGAUGGCCGCACGCUUGAUGAUUUUAGUGGUCUUGCAGCUUGUGGCGGUUUCUCUUUUGGCGAUGUCCUCGAAGCUGGGCGUGGAUGGGCGCUUUCCAUCUCCAAGAACGAGAAGGCCAAGGCCACUUUCGAGGCCUUCUUCAAGCGACCAAGGACCUUCACCCUUGGUGUAUGCAAUGGCUGUCAAAUGCUUAGCCGGCUCAACGAACUAAAUCCCGGCUUAGUCCCGGGGGCCGAGAACUGGCCUAUUUUUGCGCAAAACAAGAGCCAGCAGUUUGAGGGUCGCUAUUCUAUGGUCAAGAUUGGUAAUGAUGUACAGAAUUCCGUGUUUUUCGAUGGAAUGGAAGGUUCAUCACUUCCAAUUGUCAUCUCUCACGGUGAAGGUAGGGCCGAGUUCUCGUCGCCUACAAAACUCCAGUCUCUUCUAGAUGAAGGCCUGGCUCCCCUAAGAUAUAUCGACAACUCUGGGGCAGUGACAGAAAAGUACCCAUCUAACCCCAACGGAAGUCCUCAGGGAAUUGCUGGUGUUUCUAGUCGGGAUGGGCGCGUCCUCGCAAUAAUGCCACACCCUGAAAGAACAAUAAUGGCAGAUGUAGCAAGCUAUGUGCCACAGAAGCAGCUAAAGGAGUUCGGUCAGUAUGGGCCAUGGAUCAAGAUGUUCCGCAAUGCUAGGAAGUGGGUAGGUUAAUAGAGUGCAUCAGGAUCGGUAAGGACUUAAAACAAUCCAUGGCGUUGGGUGGUUGUAUUACAUUUGCUUUCUACAGUUAGAGGUACCUCACUAGUACCAGUCUAGUCAUGUAGACCUCAUUAUUCACUACCUUGUUGUUUGUAUUCACAAUACUAGCUAAGAUUCUCGU